CCCCCUUCCGCCCUAAACAAGUAACGUACCUUACCUAGCGGUACCUGCGAAUCAGCUGCCCGAGCUCAGCACCCGACGUAAUCCUCCAUCAAGUGCUUGUAUGCAACCAUUCGCAACAUCAACUCCAUCAACAACGACGCCAUCACGGAUACUCCUCGAGCCUUUUAACACGAUAAUUUCCCCCACCGAAUAGAUCGCUUUAUUGUCACGUUUGAUACUACGACAUCAUGUCUGCCCAGAACUCAGCUGGUAUUCAACAGCUGCUCAACGCUGAGCAAGAUGCUUCCAAGAUUGUCCAGAAGGCUCGAGAAUACCGUACCAAGCGCGUCAGGGAAGCUCGCGAUGAGGCCAAGCAAGAGAUAGCCAACUACAAAGCCAAGAAGGAAGAAGAAUAUAAGAAAUUCGAGGCCGAGCACAGCAAGGGCAACGAGCAAGCCGAGGCCGAAGCCAACCAGGAAGCCGAGAAGCAAAUCAAGAGCAUCCAGGAGGCUGGCAAGAAGGGACAAGCUCAGGUCAUCAAGAACCUCCUCAGCGCUGUCUUCGACGUCAACCCCGUUCCCCCCACCAAGUCCUGAACGAUGGAGUACUAGAUGUUUAUAAUUACGAGCUUUUCAGCUUGACACACGAAGAUGCGAAUAGACGAGGAGGAUUU